GGCAGCGGGGGAGUGGUUUGGCGGGAACACAGGGCCGCUCGGAGGCCGCCGCCGCCGCCGCGAUGCUCCCCUCCUUGCAAGAGUCUCUGGAUGGGGAUGAAAAGGAGCUAGAGAGCAGCGAGGAGGGAGGCCCCGCCGAGGAGCGAAGACCCGAGCCACCUCCCAGCAGCCACUACUGCCUCUACAGCUACCGCGGAAGCAGGUUGGCACAGCAGCGAGGGGACAGUGACGAUGGAAGCCCAAGUGGCACAAAUGCAGGAACUCCCUCUGGUGAUGAUUUCAGCCUCUCCUUGGUGGACACUAAUCUGCCAUCUGAAGCGGAGCCAGACCUGCGCAGUUUCAUUGCUAAGCGUCUUUCUAAGGGAGCAGUGUUUGAAGGGCUGGGUAAUGUUGCAUCUGUGGAGCUGAGGAUUCCAGAUUACCGGGUCGGUUGUUAUUACUGUCUUUUCCAGCAAGAAAAGCUGCUUCCUGAAACAGCAACAGUGGACUCUGAACGUAACGCUUCAGAGUAUGUGGUCUGUUUUUUAGGAGGGUCUGAAAAAGGACUUGAGCUUUUCAGGCUUGAAUUGGACAAGUACAUUCAAGGCCUGAAAAAUAACAUGAACUGUGAGGAAAGGGGACUGGAGAACCAUAUAAAAUCCUACUUGAGCAGCUGGUUUGAGGAUGUUGUAUGCCCAAUCCAAAGGGUGGUUCUUCUCUUUCAGGAGAAGCUUACCUUUCUGCUGCAUGCCGCUCUCAGUUAUACCCCUGUUGAAGUUAAAGAAUCAGAUGAAAAAACAAAGAGAGACAUUAACAGGUUUCUGAGCGUAGCCAGUCUUCAAGGCCUCAUCCACGAAGGCACCAUGACGUCUUUGUGCAUGGCCAUGACAGAGGAGCCGCGUAAAUCUGUGGUCAUCGAUUGUAGUAGCUCCCAGCCCCAGUUCUACAAUGCAGGAAGCAACCGGUUUUGUGAGGAUUGGAUGCAGGCUUUUUUGAAUGGCGCUGAAGGAGGUAACCCUUUUCUUUUUCGACAAGUACUGGAGAACUUUAAACUAAAGGCCAUACAAGACACAAAUAAUUUGAAGAGAUUUAUCCGACAGGCAGAAAUGAAUCAUUAUGCUUUGUUUAAAUGCUACACGUUCCUGAAGAACUGUGGGAGUGGAGAUAUCCUUCUGAAGAUUGUUAAAGUGGAACACGAAGAAAUGCCCGAGGCCAAGAACGUGGUGGCCGUCCUCGAGGAAUUUAUGAAAGAAGCCCUCGCCCAAAGUUUGUGAUCACACGUUUUGAGAUCAUUGUAUUGUGAAGUCGUACAUUGAAGCCUUGGUGUUUGAAACUGCACUUGUCAUAAUUGUCAUAGGAUUGCUACUUACGAUUAGUUGAAACCCACUCUAGAUUUUUUUCAUUUUGUACUUGUAAAACUUAACUUACUUAGACAUAAAAAUCCGAGGACCGUCUUCACUGAGUCCUAGACACACGUGUGUCAGAGUCGUGGAAUUUUGGUAUACCACUGGCCCCAUAAAUUCUAGACUUCGGGGGGUUGAUGCUCAAAAAUCUUGAACAGUAAUUCUGUGGCUUCUCUGAGAAGUUGGCUGCAGUAUUUAGCAAUUUUUCCUCCCAGAAAAAUUGUAAUACUUCUUUCUUCAAUGUAUUAUAGCUUCUUGAAAAAAAUGUCCUCCUAGUCCUAGGACAAGAUUAGCCCUCCAACACCAUUUCAAAGAUAGAUCUGUGCAUCCUGUGGGUGCUUGGAUAGAUUUUUUGGUCUGAUUGAUAAUGAUAUAGAUGAUAAAACCAGCUUUUAAGUCAAUACACAAAUCAUGAGUAAGAAAUUAAAUGAGCUUUAAAAAUAGACGCACUAGCUUCAAGAUAAAACCUUAUCUCAGAUGGAAAGCUACUGCGGAAGUGGCCUCCAUCAUUCAUUUGUUCACAGGUAUUUUGCCAACAGCUUGUACUUUGUCUUUUCUAUGAAAAUGCUAGUUUUCAGAUGUUAAAACAGAAAGUACAUAAAUUCUACAAGCAAACUGUAACAUGAAGGACGCAAACAGAUUCUUCAUAUCACAGUUACUCAUUGAUUUCAGUUUUUUGUAUAUUUGUUACAAGCCUCACGUUGUUUUACUCUGAAUCAAUUGAACGUGCCCUCAGCUGGAGCCAUUUAUAAUUCCCACGGAAGACAACCGUAGCUACACACAUAUGAUGGCAGUUUGUUCUGCAGCUCUUUAAUAAAUCCAUUUGAUAAUGAUUUUUGUUUAGAAGAUCAGAAGUCUCAUUCUCACUGCCGUCAGGAUGCUCAGAGGAACACAAGCCCGUAAAAAUCCUCUCCUAAACUCAUCUAAAUUCACUUAAGUGCUGAGUUUUAACUUUCAGAAUGACUGACGAUGGCCUUCUGCUUUCUCUUCUACAGAAGUCGAGGAACAUGACUCACCAAGCCAUUUCUUUUCCUUUAAUGAGAAAUACAAUUCAGGAUCUUCAUAAAGGCUCUCCUAUGGUUUUAAACUUUAAUAACUUGGAUUGUAGGCAGUAUAGGAAAAAAAAUUCCAAAUAGCAUUUUUUAUAGCAUUACUUACAGAAUGACUAUGGGAAACAGGCAAUUCUGUGGCACUACCCUCGAAUCUGACUUUUUCUAAUGUACUCUGUUGCUCAUUUAGAAAUCAAUUUUUUUUAAUAGACAACAUUAGGACCUCAACAUUUGGAGUCUAAAAAAAAAUAUUUUUCAUUUUCAAAUUCACAUAUCAACAGCCCAUGAUGUAAAUGGCCUUUAAAAGUAAAUGUAUUACCUGCUUCAAGCUAUUUAUGGAUAUAGUCAAGGUAUAACUGUAUAUUCCUUAUGUGUACUUAUAUGUAUAUAUUUUGUGAUGCAGGCUCACUACAUUACCCAGUUGUAUACCAUACAGUCUUAUUUUACAAGUCUGUGACGAACUAUCACUACUGUAGGCAAGGACAAUGGUGACCUGGAACUGGAUAGCUGGUUGGCCAUGAGAAGAAACUCAGAGAGCUCGUGACCAGCAACAUGUACUGUACUCAAAUUUUAAUAAGCUAAUGAAUUAACUUUUAAAGUUUUUAAACAGGAUUUGUCCAGGCCCGGAAUACAUUUAUGUAUUACUUGUGUGCUCGACACACAGAGGAAAUAAUGUUUGUCAUGUAUCAAAAAUGGCCUCGGUUUACCUAUAAUUAGAUUUGUAAUAGUAAUAAACUGACUUAGCUUCUCACCGACAGAGUCAUUUUUAUUUAACUAUCUCCAUUCUCAACGCUGACAUUUUUAUUCAUCCGCAACAAGUUUA